UCCCGAGACCUAUGCGGCUUGGGGCCGAAAGCAUUUUUGGCGAAGAGUGGUACAACUUGCGAAAGACCAUGCUCGAGGAAAGGAAUAUCUAUCUUGAGCAUGAUCCAGUCUACAAGGAGCGCCAGAGAACCCUGCGGAUAAUGAAACACAAGGUCGAAAUGCGGCCGUUCAAGCCACAAUCCGUGUUUAAUAAGGGCUGGAAGUGAUUGUGGGCUCGACUGUCAAAGGAGUUAGGCAUCCCCAGAAAUCCCGCAUCUCCGACGCCGUC